AUGUUUCUUCUGAUCUUCCUACUGCCCUUGGCUGCUAUGGUACAACCAUCUCUAGGAGAGGAUUCCGUAGGGAAUGAUCUUCCCAAAAAGGACCAGGAGGAAAUAUUAAACCUAAUAAAUGAUAUAAGAAGAAAGGUGGAGCCAACUGCCAGGAACAUGCUGAAAAUGACAUGGAGUGAUAACGCUGCGGAGAGUGCUAAAAAAUGGGCCGGGAAAUGUAAAGAAAAAGCUAGUCCCGUUCUGGAGCGAAUUGUUGGUGCAACCUUUUGUGGUGAAGCUAGACUGCAAGCAAACUAUCUUGCCCCCUGGUCUGAAGUAAUUGAAACAUGGCAUCGCAAAAAGUCUAAUUUCAAGUAUGGCGUUGGGGCAAUUGAUCCAAAGAAAGACAUUUACGGCUAUACUCAGCUCAUUUGGUAUAAUUCAAAGGAGAUUGGAUGUUCAGUGGCUCACUGUCCAGAAAGCAGCUUUGCUUUCUUCUAUGUCUGCCGUUACUGCCCUGCAGGCAACAUUUUAGAAAUAAUAGAAAAACCUUACAAAGAAGGUCCACCAUGUGGCGACUGUCCUAAUGAUUGUGAGGAUAAACUCUGCACCAAUGCGUGCUAUCUGAAGGAUAAGAGAAAGGACUGCAGAAGUCUCCUAAAUCUGUUCGCUUGUGAUCAGCCGUGGGUAUCCAAAGAAUGCCAAGCCACCUGUGGAUGCUCAAACAAAAUCCUGUGAGAUGACUGUUCUUGACGGACAAGGAUGGCAGUUCAGUUCCAAAAAGGGACCUUCCAAAUCAUGUCUUUGAACCUGAUCAAAAUCUGGCAUUUGAAAUUACUGGUGUAAGAUUCCCCUCCCACACACACACACACAUCCCAAGUCAUUUGUAAAGACUGUGAGGUAAAUGUAUCAACACCUGUGCUCAGUUUGUUUAUUUUUGUUUCUUUCUUGUUGUGCUUUAGAAAAUAUUCUGAACACAUCAAAACUCAAUGUGUCAUCACUGCAAUGUUUUCAAUUCCCCCCUGCCCUCCCCAAAUUCUAGUAUUAUUUUAUUUAUUUAUUUAUUUAUAUUAGAUUUAUAUACCGACCUUCCAAAAAUGGCUCAGGGCGGUUCACAACAUGA